GAGCCUAUAUCAACAUCGCGCGCGCUUUGUUCUGCACGUUCAGCGAGGUUCGUAGAGAUUCAGAGGUUUGCGAAUAAAUGUGGCAUCGUGCUUGGGGCACACUUUUACUCGUUGGUCAACCGUCGCGUCGUUUGGCAGUGCGCGCACUCUAGGAACGAACCGUACGUGUGCGUGUCAGUAUCUUCCGAUCUUUGCCUCCUGGUUUCUCGCUAGUCUAUUGGUGUUUUGAUUAUUUUUUGUUUCUCUGGGCUUUCAUGAGUGACUUACUAUCUGCUAGCUACCACCAAGGACCAGGGGGUUAGUAAGCUCAGUGGAUCAACAGCUUCAGCUCGAGUGGUUCAGAAUCGUGUUGCACCUCAACCGAGACGGAUCUUGGGUAGCUCGUAGGGCUUUGAACAUACCAUACGCGGUAACGUUGUGUCAUAGCAAGCAAGCAGGUGAUUCUUAGAGUCGAUAACGGAUUUGAAUACAGUGACAAGAUGUCGAACAUUAGUGCAUUCUAUCGUGACAAGGUCGUGUUCGUGACCGGUGGUACCGGAUUUAUCGGGAAAAUCGUGGUUGAGAAGCUGCUACGAACGAGUGAAGUGAAAGAAGUCAUUCUGUUGGUGCGUGAGAAGAAGAAUACACUGCCGGAACAGAGAAUCAAGGAUUUGUGCUCGUCGCCAGUUUUCACCAAACUCAAAAAGAAAUCCCCAACCUUCACAGACCGUAUCAAGGUCAUCGAAGGCAACCUGGAGAAGGAAAGGCUCGAUCUGUCGGCUGCGAGUGUAGAAUACUUGCAAGAGAACGUCCAGGUAAUCCUGCACAUCGCUGCAACCGUCAAGUUUGAUGAAGAAAUUAUCAAAGCUCUUGGCAUCAAUCUGGGCGGCACCAGAGAAGUGCUCGAAGUUGCCAGAGAGGCAAAGAAGCUAGAGAGUUUCAUCUACGUCUCAACGGCUUACUCGAACAGCUAUCAGGAUCACAUCGAGGAACGCGUCUAUCCGCUUGAGAUGAGCCCGGAAAAAAUUCUCGCAAAUCUAGAAAAUGACAAGAUGAAGGAGGACGUCUUCAAGUACUCCCUGAAGUGGCCAAACACGUACACGUUCACUAAAGCCCUAGCUGAAGCUCUAACCCAGGGCUACCGACAGUACUUCCCAGUGGCAGUCGUCCGGCCUUCAUGUGUCAUGCCCGCGCUAGAUGAGCCGAUCCCCGGCUGGUGUGACAGUAUAUAUGGUGUUAAUGGUACAUUUAUCGGCUGGUACUAUGGCUUGAUUCGGACUUCCCAAAUCGACUCACAAGUACAGAUUGACACCGUUCCGGUGGACUACGUUAGUAAUACCAUCAUCGCUUGCGGAUGGAAAACCUAUGCCACACGGGAGGAAGAGAAGGAAGUUAUAGUGUACAACUGCAUAAGUUCUGCGGAUAACCCUCUGACGUUUGAUGAGCGGCGACUUGAGUGCAAGAAGGCCAUUCAGAAGCACCCCCUGUUGACGGGCCUGUACACACCGUUCAGUGUGUGUACCUCCAGCGAAACGCUUUUCCGCAUCUACUCGCUGUUCCUACACUACUUGCCGGCGUUCCUGAUGGAUACCGCGCUGCGGCUACGGGGCGAGAAACCACGACUAGUCAGCACCUACCAAAAGAUCGACAAGGUAGUCGAAACGGUUAAAGUGUUCACCAAUACCACGUUUUUCUUCGACAACGAGAACAUGCGGGAUCUCUACGUGCUCAUGAACUCACAAGACCACCGGCAGUACCCUUGCGAUAAUCGCUCCUACACCUGGCGGCUGUACUUCGAGCGCAUCAUUCCUGGUCUGAAAAAGAACUUCUUUAAGGAAGACCUCAACAAUGUCAAGGAGGCCAAGCAGGCGCUUCGGAAGAAGGAACUGACUGUCAGCAGCAUCCUGGCCGUUUUCUUUACUUUUAUCUUAUUCCAGCUGUACUAUCUGCUUUUUUGAAUUCAAUAUACAAUCUAAUGAAACGAAAAUAGGCUGCGUGAUUCUGGUCACGCAUGGAGUGUUCAGGUCUGAUUUGAUAAAAUAAGAUUACUCUGUAACCUUAGAUAGGGCACUCUCUCUAGUGUAUACAAUAACAUGUUGACAUGGCUACUAAACGGCGGACGUGUUCAGAUUCUUCGAGGGCAGGUAACAUGGAGGUAACCUUGAACACAUGUUUGUCGCGUUCAUCACGUGAGCGAAUGGCGGGUUAGCAAAAGCAUAGGUCAUGUAAAUAACGGUUUGUUUCUAGCAUUGAUAUGAAAAUGUAAAAAAAGAAAUACAAACAUAUAAUUCACACACAAAACAACAACUACAACACUUCCAGCCGUUUGUGCGUGCACCGGCUAAAUUUAAAUCUAGUUUAUAAUGCUGCUUGCUCAAUCUUUUUCCAUCAUGUAUUUAUUAAAUUGAAUUUGUGUGCUCCUGUCGCUUAAA